UCGCUACCUUUGCUCUCCCCCUCUCUUCUUCAUUACAAUCUGUAAAAAAAUUCGGAAAAUUCUAAAAUUUUGUUAAAUUAAAUAAUUUAUUGUAGAUUUGAAAUGACUCCUCUCUUUUGAGAGCAAUCGUGAAAGUGACACGAAGGAUCUCUUCUUUUUCUUCAAAUUGAUCUCCUCUCUGGUUUCUUGGUCAAUCCUCUGGAUCAAAUUCGGGAUCUGAUUCAUCUUCUGAAAAGGGAUCUCUUGGGAUAUUCUUCUUCAAGGGAUUAUUCUCAUUACCCCUGAUUCAAAAAAGAUUCUUAAUUAGGGGUUUUCACCUCUUUAUCAAUGCUCAGCUCUUAAGCGUGCUCCUUCUUGUUUCAUGGGCAACACAUGCCGAGGCUCAUUUGACACCAAAUACGUUCAAGGCUUCUCUCAGCCCACCCACCCCUCUUUCUCUAACAACACGUCCACCCGCUCCUCCUCUCGCUCCACCAGCAGCGCAGUCUCCGCUGUAUCCGAAGUCCCCGAGGUCAUUCCCCCGAAACCCAUCACCACAACGAUGAGACGAGGCCUCAUGGACCCCCAGUUCAUCUCCAUUCUGGGCCACAGAACCCCCAAUAUCCGAGACCUCUACACUCUCGGUCGCAAGCUCGGCCAGGGCCAGUUUGGCACCACUUACCUUGCGACGGAGAUCACCACCGGCGUUGAGUAUGCUUGCAAGUCUAUAUCCAAGAGGAAGCUAAUCUCCAAAGAGGAUGUUGAGGAUGUGAGAAGAGAGAUUCAGAUAAUGCACCAUCUUUCGGGGCAUAAGCAUGUUGUUCAGAUCAAAGGGGCUUAUGAGGAUCCACUCUACGUUCAUAUUGUGAUGGAGUUGUGUGGCGGCGGUGAGUUGUUUGAUAGGAUUAUUCAGAGGGGGCAUUAUAGUGAGAGGAAGGCGGCGGAGCUGACGAGGAUCAUUGUUGGGGUUGUGGAGGCAUGCCAUUCUCUUGGUGUUAUGCACAGGGAUCUGAAGCCGGAGAAUUUUUUGCUGGUUAAUAGAGAUAAUGAUUUGUCGCUGAAAGCGAUUGAUUUUGGACUCUCUGUGUUCUUUAAGCCAGGUCAGAUUUUCACAGAUGUUGUUGGAAGCCCAUAUUAUGUUGCUCCAGAGGUGUUGUGCAAACACUAUGGUCCAGAAGCUGAUGUUUGGACAGCAGGGGUUAUAUUAUACAUACUGUUAAGUGGCGUGCCACCUUUUUGGGCAGAAACACAGCAAGGAAUAUUCGACGCAGUUCUUAAGGGAGUCAUUGAUUUUAAAUCUGAUCCCUGGCCGUUGAUCUCUGACAGUGCAAAAGACCUCAUCAAAAAGAUGCUUUGUUCACGUCCUUGUGACCGAUUAACAGCCCAUCAAGUUCUAUGUCAUCCCUGGAUAUGUGAGAAUGGAGUUGCUCCUGAUCGGGCAUUAGAUCCUGCAGUUCUCUCUCGCCUUAAACAAUUCUCAGCAAUGAAUAAGCUGAAGAAGAUGGCUUUGCGAGUAAUAGCUGAAAGUCUUUCAGAGGAGGAAAUCGCUGGAUUAAAGGAAAUGUUCAAAGCAAUGGACACAGACAACAGUGGUGCAAUUACAUAUGAUGAGCUGAAAGCGGGUCUGAAAAGAUAUGGUUCUACUUUGAAAGAAUCGGAGAUCCGUGAUCUCAUGGAUGCGGCUGAUAUAGACAACAGUGGUACUAUCGACUAUGGAGAAUUCAUUGCUGCCACAGUACACCUAAACAAGCUGGAACGCGAAGAACAUUUGGUGGCAGCAUUUUCCUAUUUUGACAAGGAUGGGAGUGGUUAUAUUACGGUGGAUGAGCUUCAACAUGCUUGUCAAGAACACAACAUGACCGAUGCUUUUCUUGAAGAUAUCAUCAAAGAAGUUGACCAGGAUAAUGAUGGUCGAAUAGACUACGGAGAAUUUGUUGCUAUGAUGCGAAAGGGCAAUAUCGGGCAUAUGGGGAUCGGCAGACGAACAAUGAGGAAUAGUUUGAAUGUAAGCAUGAGAGAUGCACCAGGAGCUCACUGA